AUAAAAUUAUAUUAGUAUAAGUGUCUUUAUUUAAAUAAAACUAAUAUACAAUUUAAAAAUGUCCCAAUCAUCACCGCCACCAAAACGUCGUGCGCCACGUCCGCCACGCAUGAAUCUAAAGAACUCCAACAAUGGUUCCGCUAUGGGUUCCAUGCCACCUACUGCUCAACCGCCAUUUACAGCACAAACAACACACACUUUUCCCGGUUUUGCUGGUGGUGGUCAACCGUACUGGCCUAAUUAUGCGAAUCCAUUUGCGGCGGGUAAUUUUAUGGCAAAAGGAUUUGAGGGUUUUGUAGAUUUUACAAAAUCGGGCAUGAGUUUUGGUGAGAAGUUCACUUACGGCUUAUAUGACAAAUUUAGUAAAUGGUCAAAAAAAUGGUUUACGCAUAUAUUUCUACUUUUUGUUGUUACACUGUAUAGUGUUGGAGGUGCCGUGCUGUUUCAAGCCAUUGAAAGUGGAAGAGUGGAACAAGUGGACAUAUCGUACAAUAAAACAAUGGACAUACAUACAGCACAGAAGGAAUUUUUUAAAGCAAUGAAAAAUAUCUCCGUUGACUAUGAACUGCGAAAAUACGACAUUAAAGAGUGGAAUGGUAAGCUAAUUAAUACAUUACGUUCAUACCAACCGGCAGUUGAGUCACUGCUGAAUAAUAACAAAUCGCUUGAAGAACUACUAAAUCCAGAGGAGCCUUGGAACUUUUGGAAUGCCAUGUUUUAUUGUGGCACGAUUUAUACAACUAUAGGUUAUGGCCACAUAACUCCAAAAACUGUUCUUGGUCGAUCGUUAACAAUUGUCUAUGCAAUAAUUGGCAUUCCGAUGUUCUUGAUCAUCCUUGCUGAUUUUGGUAAACUAUUCACCCGAGGCAUGAAGUUCCUAUGGGCGUAUGUUAGGCGUCUAUACUAUACGGGCACCUGUCGAAAGAUACGUAAACAGCAACAAGUUCGUGAUGCAAUAAGCGGCUUUAAUACUGCCUACAAUUUAGCCAUACGUCGUCCCAGUCAUUUCUUUAGCAUGGGUCCCGAUACCGACAUUGAGUCACAAGCAUCUGAGCCGGGCAAAUCAGUUAGUGCUUCACAUCCAGAAACACCAACUUCACCAUAUCCUGAGACAUUCGAAAUAGACGAUGAGUUUAAUUUACCUAUAUCUCUUGCCGCUGUUUUAUUAAUAUCCUACAUACUGAUUGGUGCUGCUGUAUAUACAAUCUGGGAGGAAUGGCAUUAUUUUGAAUCAAUCUAUUUUGUAUUCAUAUCUAUGUCAACUAUUGGGUUUGGUGAUUUUGUGCCCGAUCAUCCCAUUUUUAUGAUGUGCAGUAUAAUUUAUUUGAUCUUUGGCUUGGCUUUGACUUCCAUGUUCAUCAACGUGGUACAAAUCAAAUUAAGUGACACAUUUAAACACGCCAGUGCCAAACUUGGCGCUACUAUUGGUUUUGGUGUGGGUAGCGAACUCGACGAAAUGACUGAGGGUGAUGAAAAUGGUUCACAGAUAAAAACUCCUUCAGAUUUACCUUCUGUGCACGGUUCACGAUUGGGCAAAAUUGCUGAAGAUGAAAACGAAACAAGGGCAUCACCACCAACUUUACCUUCAAUACUAAGACGUCCAAAUUCACCAACACAAAAUACACAGUCGAGUCGAGAUGAAAAUGGGAGCAAUGUUGAACCGCCGCCAUUGUUGCCAAAACGACAAGUUGCUGUGGAACCACCUGCCGAACCUGAAACGAAGAAGAAGAGACGGUUUUUUAAAUAAUACAAAAAUCUGCUAACUUCUGUUAAAUUUUGAACAUUUUGUAGUUAUUUGCGCCGCAGCCAUUUUUACUCUAGUUUUAAGUAACAACUAAACGCAGAUCUAACUUAUUUACUUAUUUUUCUGACUUAAUCUAAUCCUAAGCUAUGAAGUUUCAAACGAUUUUUUCAUAGAAAAAAUUUUAACUAAACAAAAGCUCAGCUUUGAUUUAGGCUAGAUUCGUAGUUUUAAGAGUUUUAAAGACCUGAGAAUUAAAUUUAAAUACGAAAAUUUUUAUUUCUAUGUUAAGAAAUUUGUUACGACAAAUUGUUUAUUCUAAGAAUUUACGAUAUUUGUUGAUUUUGUUAAUUUUUUUUAUGUUUUAAGCAUUUACAAUAU